AUGUUUGUCGCACCAGCUCCUUGGGUGAAUCUUGCUGGAAGUACUUCAGCUCCUACUUGGGGGAGAAGUGAACUAGGGCAGCGAGGUUGUUCUAGCCACUGUGAUCUUGGGCGUCACUGCUUUGGGAGUCGUGAAACGACAUUUUCUUUGUGGAGAAGCUGCGUGCUGGGUGCUACAGCGCUGGCAGUGCGAGAGAGGAGCAGGGCUCGGCAGAGAAGCACGAAGCCCAAGAGCUAUAGAAAGUUUCAAGCGUCUGUGAAAGUGGAAAAAAGGUCACUUCACAAAUCGGGGGAUGUACUAAGCACAGGAACUUUGCCGGUUGGCGAUGGCUUUGAACUCUACUAUGAGGAACAUGGUCAUGCGGAUGGCAUUCCUGCAGUCUUCUUACACGGGGGUCCUGGUGCAGGGUGCUCUCGGAGGAUGGCACAACUCUUCGAUCCGGCAAAAUAUCGUAUCAUUCUCUUCGAUCAGAGAGGCUGUGGGAAAAGCACCCGGAAGGAUUCCAGCAGUGCUGAAGAACAAAUAGAUGACAAUACGACCUGGCACCUCGUGUCUGACCUAGAAGCUUUGAGGGAACAUCUCAAGAUCGACCGCUGGGUUGUGGCUGGUGGUUCUUGGGGAACUUGUUUAGCCUUGGCAUAUGCCAGUAAGUUCAGAGAGCGGGUGCUGGCUAUGGCUUUGCGAGCAGUCUUUUUAUUCCGCUCCCAAGAGCUGGAAUUCUUUUGUGGCCGAUCUGGUGGAGCUAGUCAGUUAGCCCCCUCUGCUUGGCAAAGCUUCGGUUCCUGGUUACCUCCUGAAAUCAGCUCAGCGCGGGCGGUUGCAGCUGCCUUCCGUAGAGCUGCGCUUGGCCAAGAUGCGUCUAUGUCUCCAUCUGAUGCGCUAGGAAAGUGGAGGGCCUGGGAGAAUUUCCUGUUUUCACUUCGUGAACGCAACCCACAACUGGCAGAAUGCGAAGCUGCAAGUGUUCCAGCCCUGCCAGAAGUUUCCACCCCCAAAAGUCCAUGGCCUAAAGCCACCAAGUUCAACAUCCAAGCCUUGCUCACACUGCACUACGUAGCUGAGCGUGGUUUUUUGAACGAUGCCGAACUUUUGGACUGUGCUAAGCAUUUUGACUUCCCCUUAAAGCUGAUCCAUGGCCAGUGUGACUGCAUUUGCCCAGCAGAAAAUGCCAGGGACUUGGCAUCUGCAGUUGGGCAACAUGCGGAAUUGCUGCUCACAAAUGCCGGCCACUCACAGUGGGAUACAGAUAAUAUCGAUGCUUUUGUCCGGGCGACCGAUGAAAUCGCGUCUGAAUGCCUGGUGACAUGUUAG